AUGGCUAAACAUGUGAAAAUCCAGCCGCUCAGAGCUAACCACACCGUUUUCGUCAGAUGCAUCGCCAUUUCCAAAGGCAUCGCCAUUUCUCCGAAGUGGGCUCGGAAGGCGACGGCCCGUGAUCCUUCCACCGUCAAGAGCGGGAGGUGGACGCUGCUCUGUGAAACCAGCCUCACGCAGUCUCCCCCGACUCUAGGAGACAUGAAACCCGAGCCUUCGCUCAAGGCCCAUGCCUCAACUCCCAACUUGGAAUGGGCGGGCCAGAUAAUAGCCCAACCCGAACCCGGCCCAAUGAAAUCGUUCCAACGUUCCAUCAUCUUAUUGUCUCCACUUGGAUCACAAGCCCGCGCUACUGAGCUCGACGUUCAGUUCGUGAAUCUCGUGCUUUGCUUCUCAGAUUUUGGGUUCUCAUCUGUGUACGUUCACGCUGUAUACGAUUUUCGUAGAGAAUGA